AUGUCUGAAAUAAAAUCUUCUUCUCGAUAUUCCUCAAAAAAAAGUUUAUCUUAUGAAAAAGAGUUAUCAUCUACAAUUUCUCAAAUAAAUAAAAAUCGAGAUGAUAUUAUAAAAAAUAAAGUUUAUUGUCCCAUCGAGUUAAAAAAUGUCUACACCUUACUAGAGGAGAGUGAUAAAAUAUUAAGAAAAAAAGAUUCAGAUAUUAAUAAUUUAUUUAAAUAUAAUGACAAAAUAUGCGAGUUAAUAAAUAUAUGUGAACAUUAUAAAAUUCAUAUGAACUCUCAACAAAAACCCGAACUAAAGAAAACAUACAAUUCAAUUGAACACAAUAUACAAUAUUUAUGUAAACAUAUAGAGACUGCUAAAAAAGAUAAUAUUCUUUUAAAAAAAAAGUUAAAGAAAUCAACUGAUCCUUUAUUUUUAUCAACAUUAGAACAAAAAAAUAAACAGUUAUGUAUGGAUAUAGAAAAUCGUAAAAAAGAAAUCAAAUUUUUAAAAGAAAGUAUAAGGAAAAAUGAAAAACUAUUAGAUUCCAACAAAAAAAAACCGAACCCAGUAUCUUUAGAAAAAGAAUAUAGAAAUUUAUUAAAUCAACAAUCUAAUUUGUGUUCUAGAUUAAUACAGUUAAAAAAUGGAAGUAAGUUAUAUGAGGAAAGUAUUCAAAGAAUUGAUGAUCAACUUGAAGAAAUAAAAAAAAAAAUGAACGACCUGAACCUUGAAAAGAAAAACGAAAAAGAAAAUUUGAUAGAAGGAGUAAGUGAUAUGAGUAAAGAAAAUCUGGAAAAAAAAAUAUUCUUACUAAAUACAAAAAGAGAUGAAUUAAAAAAAGAAAAAAAUAAUAUUAUUAAUAAUCUUAAUAAUUCCUUAUUAAAAUUAAAAAAACAAAUUUCUGUUCUUGAAAAUGAGAAAAUUAAUUUAUUAAAUGAGGAAAAAAGUCAUAUAGAAAAAUCACAAAUAUUAAAGAGGACAUUAAACACAAGGAUUAAUAAAAUGAAUAAGAAUGAAAAUAAAAUAAAACCAUAUGUUAUAAAAAAAAAAGAUAUAAAUAAAAAAGAGUUAAUUGAACAAUACAAGGAAGAUAACACACUCAAAGAAGAUAAUAUAAAAGAACAAGUAUAUUAUGUAAAAGAUAUAAAAGAGAAUAAUGAUAUACAACAUAUUUAUAAAAAUGAUAAAUAUAUGUAUCAACAAAAUGUUCAAACAUAUGAUCAUAAUAUAAUAACACAACCAUCUAAUUUUAUUGAAAGUUUAUUAGAAGAUCAAACACCAGAAUAUAAAAAAGAUAUUAGUCCAAUUAUAAAAACACAGAAGGAUCUAAUAAAACCAUUCGAAGAAAACGGAAACAAAAAUGUAGAUGAUGAUAUAAACAAUGAAAAUAAUAUAAUAAAAUAUAACACGAAAAAAAACAAAAAUAAAAAUAAAAAUAAAAAUAAUAGUAAUGUAUUUCUUCCGCAGUUCGAAGAAGACAUACUCCUCAAACUUCAAAAAACGGUUAACAUGAAGUUGAAUGAAAAUAAAGAAAACGAUGAAUAUACAAUAAGGGAAGACAUAAAAGAGGCGGAAAAAGAAAAAAUUGAUGUUGAUGUGAUUGAAGAUGUGGUAAAAGAAAAAAUUGAUGUUGGUGUGAUUGAAGAGGUGGUAAAAGAAAAAAUUGAUGUUGAUGUGGUUGAAGAGGUGGUAAAAGAAAAAAUUGAUGUUGAUGUGAUUGAAGAGGUGAUAAAAGAGGUGGUAAAAGACGAGAGUGAUGAUGAUGUGAUUGAAGAUAUGAAUGAUGAUGUGAUUGAAGAUAUGAAUGAUGAUGUGGUUGAAGAUAUGAAUGAUGAUGUGAUUGAAGAUAUGAAUGAUGAUGUGAUUAAAGAUAUGAAUGAUGAUGUGGUUGAAGAUAUGAAUGAUGAUGUGAUUGAAGAUAUGAAUGAUGAUGUAGUUGAAGAUAUGAAUGAUGAUGUGAUUGAAGAUAUGAAUGAUGAUGUGGUUAAGGAAGACAUAAAAGAGGUGCAACAAGAUGAAGUUAAUGAUGACAUGGUUGAAGAAGAAAUCGAUGAGAUUGAUGAACACGAAAAUAAAAUAAAUGAACUUAAAAUUAAUAAAGAAAUAAUUAAAGAAGAAGGCAUAUUAGAAGAUAUUAUAAAAGAUGAUAUAAUAAAUAAUGAUGAAAUAAAAAUGAAUGAUAAUAUAGAAGAUGAAUAUUUAGAAAAUGAUAAAAUAGACAACUUGACAUUAAGACAUGAUGAAAAAAAUGAAACAUACAUAAAUGAUAUACAACAAUAUAAGAGUUCAUAUAAUAUAACAAAAGAAGAACAAACUUUUAAAAAGGAAGACAUCAUUGAAAAUAUGAAUAAUAAUUAUAACUUUAAAGAAAUAAAUGAACUUAAUAAAGAUAUUAAAAAAGAAGAAAAUAUUAUUUUACCUGUUAUUGAAAAUAAUAUCAUUACAAAUAAUCAAAUAGAAACGCUAAUCCAAAAUAAAGAAGAAGAAAUAAAUGAAGAUACAGAAAAGGAAACUUUGAACUUUUAA